AUCCGCGACUCCCGCUACUCAGAGGCGGCGCAGCUGCUGGCCGCCGAGCUGCAGAGGAGCCCCCGCAGCCGCGCCGGGCUGUCGCUGCUGGCCUACUGCUACUACCGCCUGCAGGAGUUCGAGCUCGCUGCAGAGUGCUAUGAGCAGCUGAGCCAGAUGCACCCGGAACUCGAGCAGUACCGCCUCUACCAGGCCCAGGCGCUGUACAAGGCCUGCCUGUAUCCCGAGGCCACGCGGGUCGCCUUCCUCCUGGACAACCCCACCUAUCAGACUCGCGUCCUUCGCCUCCAGGCUGCUAUCAAGUACAGCGAGGGCGACCUGCCAGGAGCCAGGAGCCUGGUGGAGCAGCUGCUGAGUGGGGAAGCUGGAGAAGACAGUGGAGGGGAGAAUGACCCAGAUGGUUUGGUCAACAUGGGUUGUCUGCUCUACAAGGAGGGACACUAUGAAGCUGCCUGUUCCAAGUUCUUUGCAGCCCUGCAGGCGUGUGGCUACCAGCCUGAUGUAUCUUACAACCUGGCUUUGGCAUAUUACAGCAAUCGUCAGUAUGCCCCAGCUCUGAAGCAUAUCGCCAACAUCAUAGAGAGAGGCAUCCGUCAGCACCCAGAGUUAGGUGUGGGCAUGGCCACCGAAGGCAUUGAUGUUCGAAGUGUUGGCAACACCGUAGUCCUUCACCAGACAGCACUGGUCGAAGCCUUCAACCUCAAGGCAGCCAUAGAAUACCAACUGAGAAACUACGAGGCGGCCCAGGAAGCCCUCACUGACAUGCCGCCCAGGGCAGAGGAAGAGUUGGACCCUGUGACCCUGCACAACCAGGCUCUGAUGAACAUGGAUACCAGACCUACUGAGGGGUUUGAGAAGCUCCAGUUCCUGCUGCAGCAGAACCCCUUUCCCCCAGAGACCUUCGGCAACCUGCUGCUGCUCUACUGUAAAUAUGAGUACUUUGACCUGGCAGCUGAUGUCCUGGCAGAGAAUGCCCACUUGACAUACAAGUUCCUCACGCCCUAUCUCUAUGACUUCUUGGAUGCCAUGAUCACUUGCCAGACGGCUCCCGAAGAGGCUUUCAUAAAGCUGGACGGGCUAGCUGGCAUGCUGACUGAGCAGCUCAGGAGACUCACUAAGCAAGUUCAGGAAGCAAGACACAACAGAGAUGAUGAAAUUGUCAUAAAGGCCGUGAAUGAAUACGAUGAAACUCUCGAGAAGUAUAUCCCUGUCCUCAUGGCCCAGGCAAAAAUCUACUGGAAUUUUGAAAACUAUCCCAUGGUGGAGAAGAUCUUCCGCAAAUCUGUGGAAUUCUGCAAUGACCAUGAUGUGUGGAAGCUGAAUGUGGCCCACGUCCUCUUCAUGCAGGAAAACAAGUACAAAGAGGCCAUCGGCUUCUACGAGCCUAUCGUCAAGAAGAACUACGACAACAUCCUGAGCGUCAGCGCCAUUGUCCUAGCCAACCUCUGUGUCUCCUACAUCAUGACAAGUCAGAAUGAGGAAGCCGAGGAGCUGAUGAGGAAGAUUGAGAAGGAGGAGGAACAACUCUCCUAUGGUGACCCAGACAAGAAAAUCUACCACCUCUGCAUUGUGAACUUGGUGAUAGGAACACUCUAUUGUGCCAAAGGAAACUAUGACUUUGGUAUCUCCAGGGUUAUCAAGAGCCUGGAGCCUUACCAUAAAAAGCUAGGAACUGAUACGUGGUAUUAUGCUAAAAGAUGCUUCCUGUCCUUGCUAGAAAACAUGUCAAAACACACGAUCAUGCUGAGAGACACUGUUAUUCAAGAAUGUGUCCAGUUUCUAGAGCACUGUGAAAUUUUUGGCAAAAACAUCCCUGCUGUUAUAGAACAGCCUUUGGAGGAAGAGAGAAUGCACACUGGGAAGAAUACAGUCACAUAUGAGUCCAGACAGUUGAAAGCAUUGAUUUAUGAGAUCAUAGGGUGGAAUGUGUAGUUACUUUUGCAAAGGUCAUUAGAGUUUUUCAAAUCUAUAUUUUCCUUUUUUUGUUUUCCUGUGCAUUUUUAUAUUUCUUUCAGGUUUGACUCGGUAUACUUAAAACUAUAUCAGUCUUCCACUUUUGUAGCCAGUGUGUGAUAUAGGCACCCACAUUCUUGCUGCUAGAUACCACCCACAGUUGCUGCAGCAACAUUGCUGCAGAGGCCCAGCGCUUUGAGUGUUUUGUCUUGAGCUGUAAAGAGAACUUUGCCUCAGUAACUAGUAUACCGUCUGAGGUCCUGCCUUGUAGGCCCUGUUGCUGGGACACAGCAAACCAUCUCACCAUCAGUGAAGAGAAACAGAAUGCAGACUUUGUUCUCUUGGCAGAUUUGCUACCCAAUAAAUUUAAUUCUUAGCCAUAUGCCUCCAGGUUUUUUUUUUCUUUUGGUGAUUGUUUGUUGGUUGGUCUCUUUGGGACCUUUUUGUUUCUAUUGUUGGAGUUAUUUCACUUUCUGGACCCCAUCAAAAAUGAAAGUCUAGUUUGGACCUGGUCUCAGUCUUUUUGAAAGUACCAGUACUAAAUAACAGAAUCAUUUUCCUAGGUUCUUUUCUGGUUAUUUUUAGCCAGUGGUUCCAUUUUUCUCCCAUGAUGUGCUUGGUUAGUUCUUAGGUUUUAUAAUCAACAUUUCAUCAUCUGUGCUUGGGGUUUUCCAUAGUUGACUGCACUUCAUAAAUGUUUACAAUACUAAAUAUGGAAGUUCUUUUUAAAAGGUUGUGUGUGUGUGUGUGUGUGUGUGUGUGUGUGUGUAGGCAUGUGGGUGCCAUGAUGUAUUUGUAGAAGUGAAAAACUUUUAGGAGUGGCUUUCCCCUUUCUGCCCUGACUCUCGUGAGUUGAACUCAAGCCCUCAGGCCUACCCAGGUAGCACUUUACCCACGGCCGCCUUGGAAGCUCAAGUUUAGAAGCUUUGCAAUGUUUUUAGUUAAGAAGUGUUAAGCUGAAAAUGA